UUUUCUCACAAGUCGGAGGCUUUAUUUGGACGGCAGCCAUUUCGAUUUGCAUUUUGUGCCGUGGUGGUGGAGACAGUUUUUUGGGAGUUUUUAUUUCUAUUAAUUAAAUUAGUUCCAGUGAAGAAGUACCCAAUUCUUUGAAGUUAAAUCAAAGUUAUUCCAAAAAAAACUUCAAAAACAACACAAAAAAAAUCAACAACAAUGUCAUCAUCAUCAGCUUGCUACAAAUGCAAUCGCCCCGGCCAUUAUGCCCGUGACUGUAAUUCCGGGCUCCGGGAUUCACGCGACGGACGCGAUGGCGGUGGUCGAGAUGGUGGUCGCGGCGACAUGCGUCGUGGUGGCGGCGGCGGAGGUAACCGUGAAAAAUGCUACAAAUGCAACCAAACCGGGCACUACGCUCGUGCAUGCCCCGAAGAAUCGGAGCGUUGCUAUCGCUGCAACGGAAUUGGUCACAUUUCCAAAGACUGCACCCAAAUGGACAACCCAACAUGCUACAAAUGCAACAAACUCGGCCACUGGGCCCGCAACUGUCCCGAACAGAUGAACGAUAGCCGUGGCUCGUCCAACUCUAGUUUAUCCUGUUACAAGUGCAACAGAGCCGGUCACAUUUCCAAGUAUUGCCCGGAUGCAACAAAGACUUGCUACAGCUGUGGCAAGAGCGGGCAUCUGAGGCGUGAAUGUGACGAGAAGGGAGGACGCAACUAAGUGCAGAAGACAGAGGAUAGAGGAUGUUUUUUCGGUGUCGGUGGCUGGCAAGAGCGUUUUACGACCCCCGAGAAGUAAAACUUCGCCUUCUUUAUAAUAAAAAAAAUAUUGUACUUGUACUACCUACCCCCAAUAUUUCAAAACACACAAAAUAACAAAAAAAAGAAAAGAAAAUCUGACUAAAAAAAAAAAAUAAAA